AACCAGGUGCGUCGAGAGAUCACCUACGCGCUGCGCUCGCUCCCCUGGAUCAGCGUGCCCACCGUAGCCCUGUUCUUCGCGGAGGUACGGGGCUACAGCAAGCUCUACGACAACAUCGAGGACUCUCCCUAUGGUUGGUUGGGCGUCUUCCUCAGCAUGCUGUCUUUCCUCUUCUUCACCGACAUGGGCAUCUACUGGAUACACCGCGCUCUCCACCACAAACUGUUUUAUAAGCGCUUCCACAAGCCUCACCACCUCUGGAAGAUCGCGACACCCUUCGCCAGCCACGCCUUCCACCCCGUCGACGGCUUCAUGCAGAGCCUGCCCUACCACAUCUACCCUUUCCUCUUUCCCCUGCACAAAAUCACCUACUUAGGCCUCUACAUCUUCGUCAAUGUAUGGACCAUCUCCAUUCACGAUGGCGACUACCGUGUCCCCCGCCUCCUGCGGCACGUCAUCAACGGCUCAGCCCACCACACCGACCACCACUUGUAUUUCGACUACAACUACGGGCAGUACUUCACCCUUUGGGACAAGAUCGGUGGCUCCUACAAGAGCCCCACAGCUUUCGAGGGCAAAGGCCCCCACGACUACCUGCGCAAGAUGCGAGAGAAAGACGCGGGAGUGUCCAGCAGCCCCUCGGCCGCCAAGACGGAGUAG